AAGUUUUUAUUAUCACUACAAACAGUACGAACGCCAUAACAUUCGCGCGCACACACGCACACGCACACGCACACGCACUCAAAACCCAAACUACUGCUUCACACACACACACACACGCAUACUGUGCGUGCACUGUACGUAAACACGCGUACACACUGGAACAUACACUCACACAAAUUACAAACACUCGCGUGAGUCCAAACACUCCGAACGUACAAGACCGCAGUAAUAAUAAUUAAUAAUAUUUUUUAUUUAUUAUUAUUAUUGCCGUUUUGGAUUUGUCGAAUUCCAACGAGGUCGGACAGCAGACAUCACACAAAAUACGAACGACAACUAAUCGUGGUUUUCAUUUUCGUCUAUAACGUGCUGCUGCGUCAGUUACCGUGCGCCACCCGGCGUUCCGCUAAACACCAAUCAAGCAACUAAUAUCGCCUAAUUUUGAAAAAUGGCUGUCAAUUUAUUGCAAACCAAUAACACUGGCAAAGUUAAUAACAAACGUUUGGCAUUGAUACAAAUUGUAAAAAUCGAUCUUAAUGCUGGAAAUAACACUGAAACUCAGGAUGAUGGUGUUGUGUACUCACCCGCUUACAUUUCCACUACCAAUACUUGUGUUGUGAAUAGCGGAACGGCAUCCCAGGGAAUACAAUUUCAGUUAUUGGAUGGUAACAAUGAGAAUAUUGUUGAAUUUACUCCCAGUUAUUCAGUAGACUAUUGUAAAGUUUCCAAAGAUACAUAUGCCAUACAGUUGAAUAAUCAUACAUAUAUGUUAAAGUUUAAAACUCAUAUAGAUUUAUAUGAAUUUACUGUAUUAUUGGCUCGUGCUAAAAAAGGGAAUGAACUCUCAGUUUUUUCAAAUCGAACUGAUGAAGCAUCAGCGGCGCAAUAUUUUCAGUUUUAUGGAUAUCUUUCUCAACAACAAAACAUGUUACAAGACUAUAUACGAACAAGUACUUAUCAAAAGGCAGUGCUUAUUAACACCAUAGACUUUCAAGAUAAAGUUGUAUUAGAUGUAGGCGCUGGUUCGGGUAUAUUAUCAUUUUUUUCUGUUCAAGCUGGUGCCAAAAAAGUGUAUGCUGUUGAAGCAAGUUCAAUGGCACAACACGCUCAGACUUUGGUGGAGUCUAAUAAUUUAGGAGACAAAGUUUUUAUUGUUGCUGGUAAAAUUGAAGAAAUUGAUUUACCUGAAAAAGUAGAUGUUAUUAUAUCAGAACCAAUGGGAUAUAUGCUUUACAAUGAACGUAUGCUUGAAACAUAUUUACAUGCUAAAAAGUGGUUAAAACCAGGAGGAAAAAUGUAUCCUAGUAAAGGAGAUUUGCAUAUAGCUCCAUUCACUGAUGAUGCCUUAUUCAUGGAGCAAACAAAUAAAGCCAGCUUUUGGGUUCAAUCUUGUUUUCAUGGAGUUGACUUGAGUUCAUUAAGAGAUAUGGCUAUGCGAGAAUAUUUUCGGCAACCAAUAGUUGAUACGUUUGAUAUUCGUAUAUGUCUUGCAAAGUCUGUUAAACAUAGCUUGGAUUUUCUCACAGCUACUGAACAACAAUUACAUAAGAUUGACAUUCCACUUGAGUAUUAUAUACUUGAAUCUGGAACGAUUCAUGGAUUAGCUUUUUGGUUUGAUGUUGCAUUUCAAGGCAGCAGCCAAACUCUGUGGCUAUCUACUUCGCCUACUGAAUCUUUAACUCAUUGGUAUCAAGUCAGGUGCCUUCUAGAAAAGCCUAUUCUUGUUAAAGUUGGUCAAAUUUUAACUGGUAGUGUUUCACUUCAAGCCAAUGUUAGACAAAGUUAUGAUGUUUUCAUAAAUUUAAUGAUUGAUGGACUUCCACACACAAGCUCUUCCAACAAUUUGGAUCUUAAAAACCCAUACUUUAGAUAUACUGGUCAACCACCACAACCUCCUCCUGGUGUCAAUACUAUAUCGCCCAGUGAAAGUUAUUGGGCAAACUUGGAUCUUCAAACUUUAAACAUGGUUAAUGGCAUUCCAUUAAAUGGUUAUGCUACAGACAUUUCCAUGGAUAUGCAAACAUCUCCAACUGCUGUAGCAAACAAUGCAAAUCUUAUAAAUUUAGUUACCGUACCUCAACCAAAUAUUCAUCCAGGAUCUAUAAGUAGUACUGGACGACAACGUGUUAGUACAGCUACUUCUACUGCAGGAGCACAACUCAUUGGUGGUGGAAUAUCUCCAACCUUAUUUACUUCCAACCAGAACCAAAAUCAACAACUUUUGUUAGGAGCAGCAACAGCUGCUGCAGGAGGUUCAACCACUGCUAUGGGAAAUUAUCCAGUUAACAACAGUUUAAUGAUUGGAGACUAUGUUGCACCCAGCACUGGUGUUUUAAAUAUUUCGUAUCGUUAACUUAUUACAUUAUGGUUUAUUUGUAUUUACAAAAUAAAUCUUGAACCGCGACAAUUUCAAAACCCUUUUUAAGGAGAUUUAUUUCUCCUUGCAUAAAUUCACCAUCUACUCAAAUAUAUAUUUGAUAUAUAUUGAAUAAUAAUAAUUAAUAUAUAUAUAGUUUAAAUGUUUUAAUACAAACUAUUUUUAUUUAUAAUUUUAAACUCAAGUAGGAUUAUUAAUUUUAAAAAGGAUAUGUUUUCCUGUUACUCAUUUUUUUCGUAAGAAAAAUAAUAUUUAUAGACUAUUAGUAUGAUAAACACCC